AUGCCCAAUGAUUAUUGUUCUGAGUAUUGUCAUGGCAGGAAGAUGAGUCUUAAAACUCUCAUCUCUUGGGCCAAAUUAUCUGCAAGUUUGACCCAAAUUAAAUCUGUUUUAAUGAAAUUUCGCCAUAGAUUUCGUCAACGUCAUAGGUUCCGUCAAUCGUCAAUUCAAUCAGAAGUUACCUGA